AUGGCCGCCCCUAAUGCUCUCCAGAGAAUGGAGCGCUCCCACUACUCUCCGCCAUGGGCCAACACGAGCAUCAUUGGCGUUGCCGGCAGCUCGGGUUCCGGCAAGACGUCGCUUGCUCUGGCCAUCAUCAAGCAAAUGAGCCUGCCUUGGGUUGUCAUCCUGUCAAUGGUUCGUGUCUUUGGCCCCUGA